GUAGUUGCAACCAUAAGAGGCAGCAACAGCAGCAGCAGAAGCAGAGAUGGCGGGCAAUAUUGUCAAAUGGUGGAAACACAAGAUACUCGGCGGCUAUAAACAAUUCUCAGUUCAGGAAUGCACCACAGACUCAGAGGAGCUGAUGUAUCAUCAGGUGCGCGCCUCAUCCUCGUGCAGUGCGCCGCCAGAUUUGUUGCUGGUCAGCGAACGUGACAAUAAUAUACAACUGAGAACGCCUGUGGUUAAUAUAAUCACAACGCCGCCCGGCAAUGCAUCUGGCGCGGCCGCACAGCAGCAGCAGCAGCAUCAUCAUCAUCAUCAUGUGACCCGACAUCAGCAGCAGCAGCAGCAGCAGCUGCAGCAGGACAUGAGCAGCAGCGGCAGCCACAGCAAACACUUGCGCAUCAGCAGCAGCUCCAAUGGCAAGCAUGGCAAAUAUGUAAAUAUGCCACAGCAGCCCGAGGAGGAUGUGGUAGAUGCGGCAGCGGCCAUGCCUACGCCACAUGCAACGCAUCCGCAAUAUUCGCGACAUUUGCAUCACCACAGCAAGGAAGAGCGCAUCCGUCUGGAGGAAUUCACCUGCGAUGUAUCCGUGGAGGGUGGCAAAUCGUCGCAGCCGCUGCAAUUUUCAUUCACAUUCUAUGAUCUGGAUGGGCAUCAUGGCAAAAUAACAAAGGACGACAUUGUGGGCAUUGUGUAUACCAUAUACGAGUCCAUUGGCAAGUCCGUGGUGGUGCCCCACUGUGGCAGCAAGACAAUUAACGUGCGCCUCACCGUCAGUCCGGAAGGCAAAUCGAAAUCGCAGGCGGCGGCAGCUGCUGCGGCGGCGGCGGCAGCAGCAACAUCCACAUGCAUCAACAACAACAGCAGCAACAACAACAACAACAGCAGCAGCAGCAAACUGAAGAAGCUGCCCACGGGGCUGGCGGCCAUGUCAAAAACAGUGAAUGGCGUGGCGCUAACAACAUCCGGCGGCGCACGCCGCCAGCAUCGGCAUCGACCACGCAAACUGAUUAAGUCCGAUGACGAGGACGAUGACAGCAACAGCGACAAGGAGAAGGAGCUGGCAACAGCUGCUGCUGCUGCCGCUUCUGCUGUUGCUGCUACUGCUGUCAAUGCCGAACACCAGCCCAGUGGCAGUGGCAGUGGCAAGCAGCCAAAGCCCAGAUAUCUGAGGAACAAUACUAAAUUGGAGCAGUGCUGCAGCGGACAGGCACAGCCGGCAGAGCAGCACACGCCGGACAAUGGCCACAAUACCUGCGAGAAUAUGCUGAAUCUCAAAUGCUGCAGCGGUGCCUCCAACAAGGAGGCAGUCGAUGUCGUUGACUGUCCACAGCGCUCGCAGCGACACCAACACCACAGCCACGAUGUCUACAUGAAACAGGCCACACAGCGCGUCAAAAUGCUGCGCAAGGCGAGAAAACAAAAGUACCAGGAUCACUGCCUCGAAACGCGUCAGCGCAGCCUGUCCGUGGGCAACGACUCCUGCUGGCAGAAUCGCCACAUGCAACAGCAGCAGCAGCAGCAACAACAACAGCAGCAGCAACAGCAGCAGCUGGCCAGUUCGACUCAUGGCCAGGCUCAGAAGAGCGCCUCGUCCUCGCCACCUUUGGGCGAUGUGAUGCUCGAUGGCGUCCAAUUGCGCCAGCCACGCCCACAAUCGCUGCUGACCCAGCGCAAGUCCGCCGAGUGCUGGAAGUCGGCGCUGAAUCGCAACGAUUUGAUAAGCAUCAUCAGGGAGAGCAUGGAAAAGAAUCGCUUGUGUUUUCAGCUAAAUGGAAAACCCCAAGCAAAUGUGAGUCCCAUACGGCAACCGGCAGUACAACAACAACAACUACAACAGCAACGCCAACGCUGCAAUACCGGAUCGAAAAUUCCGACGCUAAUUGCGAACCACAGUCCGCAGAGCGCCCAGUCGCCGCUCAGCUGCAGUCCGCCCACGCAGCAAACGCCGCUGGCCAAUCAUAUCGAGGCCGGACACGAUACGGUCAACAGCAGUCUCUAUCAUCCGCAGCCGCAUAUACCCAUCUACCAUCAGCAGCUGGCCAUUAAUCCGGCCGUAGUGGCCGCCCAGCACAGCCACAACAGCGCCCACAACAAGCUGAAUCUGUGCGGCUACGAUUCGUUUCUGCAUGCCACGAUUUGUGGCGGAGGCGCCGCCGCCCACUCGCCGCCAGCCACGCCCAGCAAUGUGGCCACCGUACAGCCCAUACCCAAGAAGAGCAGCAGUCACAGCAAGCAGCAGCAGCAGCAGCAGCAGCAGCAACAGCAGCAGCAGCGCAGCAGCAAGGAUUACAAGAACUAUGGCAAUCUCAUCUAUGCCAAGCUCAGUGAGCAGCUGCAGCAGAGGGAGCGGGAGCAGCGACGUCAGCAGCGACACAAGCUGCAGCAGCAGCCGCCACAACAGAAGCCCACGCGGGAUUCGUGUCGUCCGACUACAGCUACGUCCAGCUCCAGUUCGGCGGGUUCAAAGAUCUAUGGCGAUGCCUUGGAGUGUGCACAUCUGCUGGCCAGCGAGGAGGAGGAGCUGCCGGCCAGUCCAAUGCUGACCAGCACCCCCAGCAAGGUCGUCUCCACGGACACACUGAUCGAUCUGAACGACGAGGUGGGCGAGGCUGUUGCCGAGGUCGCCGCCGUGACAACAGCCAAGGAUGCCGACGAGCCGUCGGCCCAGCUGGCCGCAGACGUGGAUCUGGACACGAGCGCCUCCAGCUCCAUGAUACAUCGCUAUGUGCACGAGCACAUACAUCAUCACUAUCAUCACUUCAAGGAGCAGAACGAUAUCUAAGGACUAGAAACCAUAAAUGUUGCUUAUGUUUCUUAUGAUUAAAGUAGCGCAAUUUGUAAUUUAAUUAGCAUUUUACUAAAACCCAAGAUGAUAUUAUUUCUGCUUCAACGAGGGAUUCAAGUUAAUAGAGAGGAUCCCAGACUCAAACAUAAAAUCGAAUCUGAACUCCAUGUCCAAACACUUAAUUUAUAAUCCCCUAGAGCUAAUGUUAAGAUUUUGUGCGCCUCCGCCUUAGCAAGAAUUGAAAAUUGAAACAUUUAAAAGCCAUCGAUUGCUUCGCUUAUGCAAAAAACAGCCUAGCAACAUAUCAUUGCAGUACUAUGUGUAUAAACAAAGCAAAUUAACAUAAACAAAUGAAGAAAAAAACAACUAUUGUUUAGUGCAAAUUAUUCACUGAAAA